UACUUUUUUGUUAUGGGCCAAAAGUGCCAAAUUAUAUCUCUAUAUGAUCAUUAUAAAUACACCACAGUAAUGAAAUAAGGCAAGGAAGAAUUAUGAAAUACCUAAUAGUGUAGUUAGCAUAGCAUAGUGUAGUAAUGUUCGUAACAAAUUGUUUUGACCUAUCAUCCAUGGCUGCCAUUACUUGCCUCUUCCCUUACUGGAACCCCUACACCAUCCUCUAAUCAUGCUCGCUCACAACGGCCACCACACCACCAUGGACCGCCUUGAAGAGGUUGUAUAUUGCCUCACUCAGAACCUAUCCACCAUGGCCACCGAGACUCUCGAGAUGACCACCAAGACUUUGCAGAUGACCGUCAAGCUUAACGUCAUCCUUGACCGGCUAUCCGCUCUCACACUCACUCCAUCUUCUCCCAAAUCACCAUUAACAACUGCACCUACGUCGACUCUGCUUCCCACCAUCCCAAACCUAAAACAACCGCACCUAUGGCUCUGCUAACACUUCUUUGUUUCCGUUUGAUUAACCGCCACUUCCAUCUUGGUCGGCCGUUGCCUUUGUCGCUCCGUACCAUCCACUGUCGUUACUGCCACGACCACUGCCAUGAAAUCCCCUACACCAAUGACGCCAUCCUGCUCGAUGAUGCCGCCGUGGUGCACCAGAUUCAUCCGCGCUGGGUUUUGGUUAUCUCCGCCCCCAAGACUCGACUUUGCUCUGUUAGUCAUCAGCGUCGACAUCCGUCGCCACACCUGCCACCUUAUCCAUCGUCACCAUCGAAGCCACAACCCAAGGGAGAUUAUGCCGCUGCUGAAAUUGUUGAUGGAUUAAAGUUGAAGGGUCUACGUUGUGGCAGGGGUCUAUUAUUGCUUGCUGAAAUGAGUUCAGCUGGUAACCUUGCUAAGGGAGAUUAUACCGCUACUAUAGUAAAAAUUACUGAGGAUCAUUCUGACUUUAUAAUUGGCUUCAUCUCAGUCAAUCCUACAUAUGGCCAGGGGCACCUAUAUAUCCUUCUUUCAUUCUGGCAACCCCUAGAGUUCAAAUGGUAAUUGGUGGCUAUUCUUUAGGAUGGCAAUAUAACAAUUCAUAUUUUGUGACAUUAUCAUUGUUAGGGCCCAAAUAAAGCAACUUCACUUACAUACCUGUUUGUUUUCUAAAUCCACCCCCUGUUUCAGCUUGUUUUUAUUGCCCAACCUUGAGGACAAGGUUGGUUUUCCAACUAUGGCUAAUGAUAGCAAUACCAACAACACCUACUAGGCCCAAAAGGGUACACAAACCACCAGCACAUCUCCACGAUUAUGUUAGAUUCCACUCACCUAGGAUGCCACCUUGCCGACAAGCACUACCACUGUUAUAACAAACUAGCACGAUCCCACCACUCUGUUGUUUUGCAUUUCUGUUAUACUUCUAUGUUAUGGACCAAAAGUGUCAAAUUAUACCAUGUAUGAUCAUUAUAAAUUCACCACAUUAAUGAAAUAAGACAAGAAAGAAUUUUGAA